GAAUUUUCUUUUUUGCUGAAAUUACUAUGAGGACUCUAUAUCCUUUAGUUACAAUCCAUCACGAACAUUUGCUGAGAAUGUGGACCUAACAGAACCAAUAUUGUCCCGAUUUGAUGUGCUAUGCGUGAUCAGGGAUACAGUGGACCCAGUUGAGGAUGAGAGGCUUGCUAAGUUCGUGGUUGGUAAUCAUGUAAAGCUGCAUCCUGCCAACCAAGUUGAUGAUGAUGAUGAUGAUGAGCACGAUGAGGAGAAUGUGGUGGAUGCGAGAACUGGAGUGGUUCUUAUCCCACAAGAUCUCCUCAGAAAAUACAUACUUUAUGCACGGGAAAACUGUCAUCCCACACUUCAUGAAAAGCACACAGAAAAGCUUGCCACCGUUUUCGCACAACUGCGAAAACAGAGCAUGGCCACGGGUUCCGUUGCUGUUACAGUUCGUCAUGUCGAGUCAAUGAUUCGUCUCGCAGAAGCGCAUGCUAAAUUGCAUCUGCGAACGUAUGUGAAUGACGAUGAUGUACAAGCUGCAAUACGGAUGAUGUUGGAAAGCUUCAUAAGCACUCAGAAGGCUUCGAUUGUCCGUCAAAUGCGAAAGACUUUCACCAAGUAUCUCACGACAAAUCAGUCUUCGAGCGAACUACUGUUGUUCAUACUCAAGCAGCUUAUCAAGGAGCAGAUGCACUACGAGACUGCCCGCGGAAAAGAUGACAUUACAUCGAUA